AUGCAACUGUUCCAGUCAAUGAAUAUUCCCUUAGGGUUCUUAACCGGUCAUGUGGCGCUCGCCCAAGUUAAGGAUUUUACAAUCGACCUAGAGCCACAUCGAAUGCUUCAACUGGUGACCCAAACACAACUACCGGCCGUCGAGGAAUAUCCUGGACUCGGUGGUUCGCUCGGCAUUGAUCUGAACGUGUUAAAAUCGAUGCAGAAGGAAUGGACUACCACUUUCGAUUGGGCUACCGAGCAGGCUGAUUUGAACCGCGAGCCAAACGCAAUACCGCUUAUCCUAAACCAUGGAUGGCCUGGAACUUUCAUGGAUUUUCUUCCAGUGGUCGACCCGUUAACGACAGCAUCCAGCACAUCCAAUAGAACCUCGGCUUCCUUCCAUGUCGUGGUCCCUUCACUACCAGGUUACGCAUUCUCCAGUGCACCACCUGCCACCUGGACGCUAAACGAUACAGCACGCAUUUUCAACACUUUCAUGACUGACGUGUUGGGAUAUGAGACUUAUGCUGCUCAUGGGUCAGACUUUGGUAGUAAUGUAGCAUACAACUUAUACAACAAUUUCAACAAGUCAGUACGCGCAGUUCAUCUUACCGGUAUACCAUUCCUUCCAUUAAGCCCGGUCGACUUCCCCAAAUACAACAUCACUCUCGAUGCGGAUGAGGAGUUCCAGGAAAAUCUGGUCCUGGGUUUCAACACAGGGUAUGUCAUCGAACAGAGUACCAAGACCAACACCAUCGGAUUAGCGCUCCAAGAUAACCCCGUCGGACAAUUGUCCUGGAUGGCAGAGAAAUAUAUCUCUUGGUCAGACCCACAAGCAGGAACAUCACCAUCUGUCCUCACACACAAUGAAAUCCUUCGCCAAGUCUCUCUAUACUUCUUAACCAAGUCUUUUGUAUCAUCUAUUUUCACCUACCCGCAAAAUACCGACGCGUAUAGUUCAAGCUACAGCAAGGCGCAAACCGAUGCACCAAUGCUGUUUAGCAGCUUCAAAUACAGCGGUGCAUUCUGGACAGGAAAGGUAGUCUCAUGA